UUCAUCGUGCAACCUGUUGACCGGAUUCAGUGGGGACUUCAGGUCUGCGAUUUGGGAGUAGUACCAUGCGAUAGAUGCGUUGAUGGCGGCGCGUCGCUCGGCGAGGGAUCUGUAAAUGGAAAGAUGGUUGGAGUGUCGGGAAGAGUGAGGAUCAGGUCAACCUACUGACAGCGUUGAGUCGAUUGUCGGUGUCGCAGCGGACAUGGACGGGGUGGAAAGAAGUCAACGGCACGUGCUGCUCUAAUCUAAUCUCCAGCUUCUGCUAACACUUGAAUGUAUGUUACCGAUCAACGCCGAAAUAUACCGUUUCAGCAAAUUCCGUCAUUGCCGCUCCAACGCCGAAUCUUCCGCAUUAGGAAUCGGAACUUCGACAUAUCCCACUCUCCAUUUCCUGCAGGUGUAUGACACCUCCUUGACACUCCCUCGACACUCCACCUGAAGGGACGCGGAGGCUGGCCCAAGCCAUUAGUCUCUCGCCAUCUGUUUCAAGCUCUCGAAUUACUAUGAGAACGAGUCUAGAAUUCAUCCGACCCGCACUUCUCCCGCCACUAAGGACAUCCACACAGACGGAUUUAGCUCCGGGAUUCCAGUCCUCUGCGCGUCUGCACUACGGCACACUCCCCCCAUGCAUACAUCUGCACUCGUCCCAAUCUCGUUUCUCGCCCUCGCUGCGGUCCUCCUGCCAGCGAGCACUUGCCGCGCGACACCCGAUCUGACGCCCCCGACUUUAGAAAAAGCCGCGAAAGCUGAUCCGAGCACGCCUCCCACCUGUUCGUGCAAGUCGCCCACUGGAUGUCCCGGCCGCUGCGCGAAAAACAGCUGCGUGAACUAUUGCGGGUCGGGCAAGACGGUGCAUUGCGCUGCGUGCGGAUCGUCACAGCUCGGAUGUAUCUUGAAUACGGACGGGAGCUGCUUCACGGUGAAUGAGUAGACGGUUCUGCCUGGGGUGCAAGAACAUGCCUCGGUCUCAGCAGGCGGAUUCGAUUGACGUGCAGGACGUCGGAUGGACAAUGCCAUGUCGAGACAGAAGCCAGUGAAUUGAGGGGCGCUGCAUCCUGAGAAGAACCUGGCCUAAAUCAGACUGUCAUAUACUACACGGAAAUUGAGAAAAUUGGACUCGAU